GCAUAUUCACCGCCAAGUUUUAUUUCAAUAUCAUCGUUCGAAAAGUGUGUUACUUACAGAUUGAAGAAAAUGAAAGGUCUUUUAAUUUUUAUUUCUUUAUUGGUUUACUAUACGUGUCAGUGUUUUGAUCAACCAAACUCAGUAAAACUUGAAAAAUUGAAUAAUCGAGAAAGACGUAGUGAGCCAAACAAAAGCAAUCCAGGAGAAUGUCAAACACCAAGUGGAGAAAGAGGCCAUUGUAGGCUCAGCAGUCAAUGUCCGUUGCCUGAACUGAGACAAAAUACUUUGAAAAUGUUAGAUUAUUUGUGCAUAAUUGGGCAAUCUUCAAUCGGAGUAUGUUGUCCGGAUAAUCAAGCAGAGUCACUACCUCAACAAGGUAACACAAAUGAUGUUAUAAUGGGCAAACAAUCGAUUGAUAUGUCAAAUAAAAUUCGACCGGAGAAUCGAGGUUGUGGACUUUCAACAAAAUCGUAUUCAAGAAUCACCGGCGGAAGACCUGCUGAUCCGAAUGAGUGGCCUUGGAUGGCUGCAAUUAUUCGAAGGGGACAACCAAAUAUGGUAUCUUGUGGUGGUGUUUUGAUCACCGAUGUACACAUCUUGACGGCUUCACAUUGUGUUUUCAAAUAUGAUAAAAGUGAAUUAACCGUUAGACUUGGCGAAUACGAUAUCGCUAUAAAAAAUGAAACACGGGCGCGAGAUUUUCGUGUGGCUGAGAUUCGUUCACACAUUGAUUUCGAUGAAUUUACUUAUGACAAUGAUAUAGCCAUUCUAAAACUUAAUCAAAAAGUAUUGUUUAAUUCAUAUAUUUGGCCAGUUUGUAUGCCACCACCGGGAGAAUCUUUUGAAGGUUACAUUGGCAUAGUGACUGGUUGGGGGACACAGUUUUUUGGCGGCCCGAGUUCAAAUGUUCUAAUGGAAGUGUCAAUACCAAUUUUGAAUUCUGAUGAUUGCCAGAAUUCAUUUGUCGAACGGAUUGGAGAAAAUGUCCUCUGCGCUGGUACAAAAGAAGGUGGAAGGGACUCAUGCCAGGGUGAUUCAGGGGGUCCACUUCUUGUUCAACUUCCAAAUAAACGUUGGGUAACCGUCGGCAUUGUUUCAUAUGGGAUUCGAUGUGGAGAAAAAUAUCCGGGCGUUUAUACACGAGUGAAUAAAUUUUCAAAUUGGAUAAUUGAAAAUGCCAUAUUCUGAUCCUUCAACAAAUAUCAAAUUAUUUUUUGAUAAACUAAAGUACACUCUUUAUUAACGCAAAAAAAAAUAUUAAUAAACAUUCUAUGACUUUUUUUUUGCUGUUGCAAUUAAAAUGUUUUACGUAACAAUACAGUUAAACUUUUCAUCCUAGACAACUUUGACAUUAGUUAUGGCAAACAAAAAUCCUUAACCGUCAACAGUAAAAACACAUCUAUUUAAAGUUCAAUUAACGCAUGGCCUGAAUUUAAAAUUUCAUUUAUCAAACAUAAAAUCAAUAUUCUAUUCCAUGCAACUAUUAUGGUGUGAAAAUGGAAAUCUACAUAUUUACAGAAGAUAGGCGAAAAAAAACUUUAAUAACGUUUCGUGUCUUCAAUCGCAUGUGAUUUAUAUGGAUAUGUAGUACUUUGUUAUUUAAUCACCUAUUUGAAAAUCAGCGAGAAUGACGACUUCAGAAUGAAAGAACAAUAGUGGUUUCAUUGAGCAAAUAUUUGUAAAUACAUUUUUGACAAACGUAAUAAAGUACAUUCAAUGUAA